AUGCAACUUGAUGAAGACGAUAUGAUCACAAAUAUCUUUUGGGCAGAUGAUCGGUCUAUAAGUGAUUACAAUCUUUUUGGAGAUGUUGUUUGCUUUGACACAACUUAUAAGACCAAUGAAUAUGAUAGACCAUUUGCUCCAUUUUUAGGGGUCAAUCAUCAUAAGCAAACUGUUGUGUUUGGUGCUGCUUUACUAUAUGAUGAAACCAAAGAGUCAUAUAAGUGGCUUUUUGAGACUUUUCUCGGAGCAAUGUCUGGAAAACAACCAAAAACAAUUCUUACUGAUCAGUCUGCAGCAAUGGCGAAUGCAAUAGAAAAGGUGUUCUCUGAAACAAAGAAUAGGUUAUGUGUUUGGCAUAUUUACCAAAAUGCUGCAAAGAAGUUGAGUCAUGUAUUUCAUGGACCAGGACAAUUUGCCACAGACUUUGGAAAUUGUGUAUAUGACCACGAGGAGGAAGAAGAUUGGUUAUUGGCAUGGAGUAAUAUGCUUGAGAAGCAUAAUUUGACAGAAAAUAAAUGGUUGAAGAAUGUGUUUGAUGUGAGAGAAAAAUGGGCAAUGGUAUAUGGACGUCAUACUUCUACAGCAGAUAUGGUGAGCACAACACGUAGUGAAAGUAUGAAUAAUAUUUUGAAAAGAUACUUGAAGAGCAGCUAUGACUUAUUGUCCUUCUUUGAACACUAUGAGAGAGUGUUGGGUGAUCGACGAUAUAAAGAAUUAACUGCAGAUUUCAAAAUGAUGCAUACCUUGUCAGUAUUAUCUGCUUCCGUAGAGAUGUUGCAACAUGCAGAAGAAAUGUAUACACCUGAAAUUUUUAGCUUGUUUCAGAAGCAAUAUACAGUUAUAGGUGAUUAUGUUGCAAAAAAGGUCAGUAAAUCCGAGAUGGUGUAUGAAUACAAAGUAUCUUAUCGUGGUGGACCAAAAGAGCAUUUGGUUAAUUAUGAUGCUAUAAACCAAGUAGUAGAAUGUAGCUGA